CCAUCAUCAAACAGUUAACACAGAAGCCCAAAGCAAAACAAACCACUACAGCCAACACCCAAAGCAUUUUUCUUUUUGUUGACGAAAAGGCCGAAGCUUUGUUUUGAAACCCUAAACCGACACGAGAACCCUAAAGGCCUAACUAAACGGACACUGACACAACACUAACAGGACAGCGCAAGGGCUAAAAGCCCGAUUAUAGCCGUUAAGUACAGCAAGAAUUCGGGUACUUUCCUAGAAUUAGGAAACCAAAGCUUGACAGAUGGCACAAUUCUGGAAACCGGGAACGGAGAAGCCUCGACUUCUCGACGACGAGGAAGGCGGCGUCCUUUUCUUGUCUUCUUCUCUUUCUUCCUCUGCUUCUGGAUAUGGGUACGCAAGCUUUGAGAAGCAAAGGCAGAGACUUCCAGUUUACAAGUAUAGAACUGCUAUUCUUUAUUUGGUGGAGUCUCACGCUACUACCAUUGUUGUUGGUGAAACGGGUAGUGGAAAAACCACUCAAAUCCCUCAGUAUCUAAAAGAAGCUGGUUGGGCUGAUGGUGGACGUGUUAUAGCUUGCACGCAACCAAGGCGACUCGCUGUGCAGGCAGUUGCUUCAAGGGUAGCUGAAGAGAUGGGGGUCAAACUUGGAGAAGAAGUUGGGUACACCAUUCGGUUUGAAGAUAUCUCUAAUCCAGAUGUUACUAGGAUAAAAUUUCUCACUGAUGGAGUCUUACUUAGAGAAAUGAUGGAUGAUCCUCUUUUGACAAAGUACAGUGUCAUUAUGGUGGAUGAGGCACAUGAAAGAUCCAUUUCAACAGACAUUUUACUUGGUCUUCUAAAAAAGAUCCAAAAGCGCCGACCUGAGCUGCGCCUGAUUAUUUCUUCUGCUACAAUCGAAGCAAAAUCAAUUUCUAAUUUCUUCCAGUCCAGCAAAAGACGCCGAGUAGCGGAAGAUGAGGAGCUUAGAUCAAGGUUGGAGCCUGCGAUCCUAUCUGUUGAGGGUAGAGGGUUUAAUGUGCAAAUUCAUUAUAUGGAGGACCCUGUCCAAGACUAUGUUCAGGCUGCCGUUUCAACAGUGCUAUUGAUUCAUGACCAGGAACCAGCAGGUGAUAUUUUAGUAUUUCUUACUGGUCAAGAUGAUAUUGAUGUUGCUAUUAAGUUGCUUACUGAAGAAGCUCGAAGCAAUGGGAAAAAUUCCUCAGGGAUGAUUAUUCUGCCUCUAUACUCAGGACUUUCACAUGCAGAACAGGAUUUGGUGUUUUCUCCAACUCCUAAAGGUAAGAGAAAAGUAGUGAUAUCAACAAAUAUAGCAGAGACAUCAUUGACUUUAGAGGGUAUUGUCUAUGUUGUUGACAGUGGAUUCUCAAAACAACGAUUCUAUAAUCCGAUCUCAGAUAUAGAAAAUCUUGUAGUGGCACCAAUAUCCAAGGCAUCUGCUAGACAAAGGGCUGGCAGGGCUGGUAGAGUUAGACCUGGGAAGUGUUACAGACUGUAUACAGAAGAAUAUUUUGUCAAUGAAAUGUCUGUUCAAGGAAUUCCAGAGAUCCAGAGGUCAAAUCUUGUUUCCUGUGUGAUUCAGUUAAAAGCCUUAGGCAUUGAUAAUAUUCUGGGCUUUGAUUGGCCAGCAUCCCCAUCUCCUGAAUCAAUGAUCCGAGCACUUGAAGUACUUUAUUCGCUUGGAGUACUUGAUGAUGAUGCCAAACUUACUUCACCGGUUGGGUUUCAAGUUGCAGAAAUUCCACUGGAACCAAUGAUCUCAAAAAUGAUUUUAGCUUCAAAUGAGCUUGGGUGUUCAGAGGAAAUCAUUACUAUUGCUGCUGUUCUCUCCAUCCAGUCUAUCUGGUUUUCUGGUUGGGGAGCACAAAAGGAACUGGACGAAGCCAAAUUGAGAUUUGCUGCUGCUGAGGGUGACCAUGUUACUUUCCUGAAUAUUUACAAAGGAUUUCUGCAGUCGGGCAAAUCUUCAAAGUGGUGUCAUAAGAACUUCAUAAAUUACCAUGCCAUGUUAGUGAGAAAGGCAGUCACUGCUGGUUUUUUUGCUAAUGCAUGUCGUUUAGAGGCCUUCAGUCAUGGUGGGAUGUACAAGACCAUUAGAGGUUCCCAAGAAGUUUAUAUUCAUCCAUCAUCUGUGUUGUUCAGAGUCAAUCCAAAGUGUGUAAUAUACCAUUCUCUUGUCUCCACUGACCGGCAAUACAUGCGCAAUGUCAUCUCUAUGGAUCCUUCUUGGUUGACAGAAGUUGCACCGAAUUUUUAUCAGCAGCAGCAGCAGCAGCAGCAACUGCGCAAUCCCAUUAUCCACUGACUGCCUUGAGAAUUGCUGGGCAAAAGCAGGGAGUCAGUGUGAUAGUAACCAUUUUUUCCCUGGUAGACUGUCAUAGAAAAUGGAUGAUCUAUACUUAUUUUGCUUAUUUAUUUGUAGAUUAAUGCACUGAUGCUUGUCUUAAAGUGAUAUCUUGAUGUAAUUUUUUUUUAAUGGCAGUAGAUCCAU